AUGUCCCGUCCUGGCUUCCAGCCGCUCGCUGGACGGGACUCCCUCGAACUCGCAUCGCUUGCCGACUCUGACCAUGACGACCUUCCAACUUCCGAGUCUUCUUCGCGCUCUGGUAUCUCCUCAUCGAGGAGACUCUCUCUGGAGAACGAAGGACCCCUAGAUGACGCCAAUGUCGCUUCACGGGCACGCGGACGUUUACGAGAUCGCUCCUAUUCAGUGUCUUCCGCAUUCGACUUUACACCAGCUCUAUUUCCUCUCUCCUCGACCGCGGGCGGUGGUUAUACCGCCUUGGGAAACCCUUCUGCUGUCUCACUGUCGUUGGAACGACGAGGAAACCUGCAAAACUUGGAGAAGAACAAAACCCUAACAUAUCUGAACGGUUUAUCGUUAGUGGUCGGGUUGAUCAUAGGUUCAGGUAUAUUUUCUUCUCCGGCACAAGUAAACUCUCAUGCAGGGUCGCCCGGUGCAUCGCUCAUAGUCUGGACAAUCUCGGGUCUGCUCGCAUGGACUGGUGCCGCCUCUUAUGCAGAACUAGGAGGCGCGAUACCAUUGAAUGGUGGUGCGCAAGUCUAUCUGGCCAAAAUCUUUGGUGAACUUGCAGGUUUUCUCUUCACAUGGGCAGCGAUACUGGUCUUGAAACCCGGAAGUGCUGCAAUCAUUGCGAUCAUCCUCGGCGAAUACCUCGUAAGGGCGGCCAUAGGAGCUGAAGUCGAAGAUGUAAACCCCUGGAUCAACAAAAUUCCGGCCAUCGUGGCUCUACUGCUCGUCACGCUUUUCAACUGCAUAUCUACCCGCUUUGCCGCUCGACUAGGCGAUAUAUUCAUGUUUUUCAAGUUCAUCGCCUUAAUCGCCGUCACCAUUAUCGGCAUCAUUGUCGCUGCCACUGGGCUUUCGCACAAUGGGCCCGCAAACACAGAUUGGCGAACCCAUCACUGGUUCGAGGGCACAUCCCACGAUAUUUCCAACUGGGCAGUCGCACUCUACGCUGGCCUUUGGGCAUUUGACGGCUGGGACAACACGAACUACGUGACGGGAGAAUUCAAGAACCCCAGCCGAGAUCUUCCUCGAGUGCUUCACACCGCCAUGCCCGCGGUCAUCGCCUGCUACCUUCUCGCCAAUAUAUCCUACAUCUUCGUCCUCCCACUCGAAACCAUCAACAAAAGCAACACUGUCGCUGUUCAAUUCGGCAGCAAAGUCUUCGGCCCGAUCGGUGGCCUAAUCCUCGCCCUGAUCGUGUCCGCAUCCUGCUUCGGCGCCCUCAACGCCACGACAUUUACCUCCGGACGCCUUGUCUAUGUCGCCGGACGCGAGGGCUACAUCCCCUCUCUCUUCGGGCGCAUCGGAAUCGGCAUGUCAUCCACCGGACCCGAAAACCCUCCCGUCCAACUGAACAAACUCCGCAAGCGCUCAUGGCUGACCAAGACCAUCACGCGGCUCUUCGGCGACGAAUCCAUUGGCGUAGGGUACACGCCCAUCAACGCCAUGCUACUCAACACGGCCCUGACUCUCGUGUAUGUCUGCGUCGGCGAAUUCGAAACCCUCAUCACCUUCUACGGCGUCGCGGGCUAUACCUUCUACUUCCUGACCGUACUCGGCCUGAUCGUGCUGCGCAUCCGCGAACCGAACCUCGAGCGCCCCUACCGCACCUGGAUCACCACGCCCAUCAUCUUCUGCUGCGUGAGUCUGUUCCUCGUCAGUCGUGCUGUAAUCGCGCAGCCACUGCAGACCGUCAUCGUCGUCGCGUUUAUCAUCAGUGGUGUGCCUGUGUAUUAUUGGCGUGUUGCGAAGCGCGAGCCCGGUGCCAAGCGCGACAGUAGAUUCUGGAGGCGCUGGGGCAGGGGAUGA